GCUCCACGGCCACCACCACCCACCACCUUGCUCGCACUCGCUUCGCUCAUUUGCCCCCAGCCCGCGCACUGCCUGCCAGCCAGGGAAGGCGGCCAUGGGCGCCCUCUCCUCCCUCCCCGCCGCCGCCGCUGCGGCGCUCCUGCUCCUGAGCCUCCUCGCCGGCGGGCACUGCCGCGAGGCCCAGCUCCACGUCGGCGACGCCGACGCGGCCGGCGCCGGCGAGAACUACAACACCAGCGACGCCGCCGUGUACUGGGGCCCCUGGCAGAAGGCCCGCGCCACAUGGUACGGCCAGCCCAACGGCGCCGGCCCCGACGACAACGGUGGUGCGUGCGGGUUCAAGCACACCAACCAGUACCCGUUCAUGUCCAUGGGGUCCUGCGGCAACCAGCCAUUGUUCAAGGACGGCAAGGGAUGCGGCUCCUGCUACAAGAUUCGGUGCACCAAGGACAAGUCCUGCUCCGGCAAGGCGGAGUCGGUGAUCAUCACCGACAUGAACUACUACCCGGUGUCCAAGUACCACUUCGACCUCAGCGGCACGGCCUUCGGCCGGCUCGCCAAGCCCGGCCUCAACGACAAGCUCCGCCACUCGGGCAUCAUCGACAUCGAGUUCACCAGGGUCCCGUGCGAGUUCCCGGGCCUGAAGGUGGGGUUCCACGUGGAGGAGUACUCGAACCCCGUCUACUUCGCGGUGCUGGUGGAGUACGAGGACGGCGACGGCGACGUGGUGCAGGUGGACCUGAUGGAGUCGAAGAUGGCGCGCGGGCCGGCGACGGGGCGGUGGACGCCGAUGCGCGAGUCCUGGGGCAACGUCUGGCGCCUCGACACCAACCACCGCAUGCAGGCGCCCUUCUCCAUCCGCAUCCGCAACGAGUCCGGCAAGACGCUCGUCGCCCGCAACGUCAUCCCGGCCAACUGGAGGCCCAACACCUUCUACCGCUCCUUCGUCCAGUACAGCUGAUCCCCGCAAUUGGAGCUGGCACGCCCGCCCGGCCUCUCGGUCGUCGUCGUCGCCGCCUUCUAAACUAGUCUCUACCACAACUAGACUACUACUAUUAGUACGGCGGGCGGGAAGGGAACGGCUAGUCGUCAAGGGUCUCUCUGGUCAUCGUGUCGUUGCGUUUGGGUGGGCGCGCUUGGCUUUUAGGUGGAGCGCCAUGUGCGGGUGUUCUGUGUGAGUGUGGUGGGGAUGGCACGUGACGGGCGUGAGGGGGAGAGGAAAAAUUUAUAAGCCGUGUGGGAGAAUGGAGGAGGCAGGCGUACAAGGUACGCUCUCCCGCCCACUCUCGCUUUAUAAUUUAUAUCAUCAUCUCCAUUUCGGAUCGGUGAUUAAUUAAUCGGAAAGUAUAUUGUACUGUAUAAACGCUGUACCCCGAGCUUGAGCCGACCCCCUGUUUUGGCUA